AUGGGCUCGGCGGCAUUUAUUCUCGGUGAAUAUGCGUCGCAGUCGGCAGUCGACCCUGUCGACGAAACCGAGGAACAACCAAUGGGAACCCGAAGGUUCGUCAUCAAGGAACAGCGCAUUUGUCGUCGUCUUGUGUUCGACGAAAAUGAGCCGACAAAGAUUCGAUACGCAGUGGUUGAAAAUCUGUUGCAUGGAACGUCCAUGAAUGUUCAUGCGACCCAAUUUGUAAUUUGUGGGGGCACUGUUUUGGGCGCACAGCUGCUGUAUGCGUCAAACAUUCGUCCAGAAGCUCUAGGCAGAUAUUUGACUGAACAGCCUUUGGCCUUCUGCCAAGUUGUUUUGAGCAGAGACAAAAUCGAGUCAAUUCGGGAGGAUCAAAGAUUCAAGAAGGACCUCGAUAUCCAUCAAGAACUUCAUCCAAAUGAUCCGGUUCCGAUUCCACUGAAUGACCCAGAUCCCCAAUGCUGGAUCCCUGUGAGUUCUGGACGACCAUGGCACUGUCAAAUUCACCGGGAUGCUUUCGCGUUCGGUGACACUGCUCCACAUAUCGACCAGCGACUAGUCGUCGACUUCUGGUGGUUUGGUCUGGUGAAACAGGUCCCCGAGAACCGAGUGACAUUUUCGGACAAGAAUCAUGACAUAUUCGGGAUGCCUCAAUCGACAUUUCAUUUCGAGGAGUCAACCGAGUUUGCCGACCAGAAUCACGACAUGCUGCACGACAUGGUACGCGCUACUAAGGAACUCGGCGGGUACCUUCCUGGGAGCUACCCGCAGUUUAUGCAACCCGGUACCUCGCUGCACAUGCACGGGCAUACUAGAAUCGGAGAGGAUCCAAAAACUUCAGUCGCUGAUCGGAACUCCAAAGUAUGGGAUACUGAUAACCUCUGGAUUGGAGGCUGCGGCUGCAUUGACACGGCUAUCGCAUGCAAUCCUACCCUCACUGCUUGUGCUCUGGCCAUUAAGGCCGUAAAUGACAGCAUGUUGGCUCCUAACGAAUAG